AUGACGGAUUCCUGCGCCAAUGACUGCCUGUCUCUGAUGGCCACCGCGUUGGAUCAACUAACCCGCGUGUCUAAGGCGCUCAAGACGCGUAGCAGCGCGAGCGACGUGCCGUACUGGCUGACAGCGGCGCAGGACCAGGUCACCACGUGCCUGGACGGGUUCAGAGAGUUUUCGCCGUCUACUCUUGCCACUCCAGCCGGAAAGUCGCUGCAGGCACAUGGCAGACAAACCGCCAACGCCUUGUAUCAUCUCGCCAAGGCCGCCGCGGCGCUCAAAGCGCGCACCGACGACGAGGACGUGCCGUUCUGGAUCACGGCGGCUCGCGACCAGCUCGUCACGUGUCUCGACGGCAUCUGGGAAUUUUCUCUUGACACGUACAAGUCGCACGCGGGAAAAUCGCUAACAGCCCUCGGCAAGAAUCUCAAGAAGUCGUUCGACACUGCCAUAGCUCUCGCGCUCCACUCGCAAAAUCUCCCCCCACGCCGCGAGACUCUAGAACACGGCGGUCCGGGGGAGCCGCCUUCGUGGGUGGAGCCGGCGAUGUACGAGCGCAUCAGGGAGCUUCAGGCGCGGAUGCAGGGGGAUCACGCGGAGGCGCAAGCGUGGGCGGAGCGCGGGCGGAAGCUUCAGCUGGCGAAAGUCAAGAAGCUAAAGCCGAACGCGGUGGUGGGGAAGAACGAGAAGUACAAGAAAAUAUCGGACGCGUUAAAAGCAGCUCCGAAAACGGGGUUGUACGAGGUGUACAUCAAGGCGGGGACGUAUAAGGAGAAGGUUUUGGUGAACCGUGAGGGCGUGGUUCUGGUGGGAGACGGCGCAACGAAGACGAUUAUAACGGGGAAGGACAGCGUGGCAGGCGGAUUCACCACAUACAACACGGCGACAGUCAAUUCCUCAUUUCCUGCCGUUGCCACUAACAGGUGCUAUUUCCAGGCAGCGGGGAUAAAGUUCGAGAACACUGCAGGAAUUCAGGGCAACCAAGCCGUGGCGCUGAUGAUAGACGCGGAUAAGGCGGUCGUUUAUGACUGCUCCGUUACAGGUUACCAGGACACUCUCUACACCCACUCUGGCCGCCAGUACUACCGAAACUGCUUCAUCUCUGGUAUCACGGAUUUUAUUUUCGGAAACGCCGCUGCGGUCAUUGACAACUGUACGAUUGAGAUGCGCGCGGGGAAAUCGAACAUCCCCAUUACCGCGUCAGGAAGGGAGACCGAAACGCCUACGGGGAUCGUGAUUCGCUUCUCGUUUGUAACAGCGGAGAAGGGUGUUACAAAUAACAGUGGCUACUUGGGUCGCCCUUGGAAGAAAUGCGCGCGUACAGUCUACAUCAACACAUUCCUUGCACAGCAAAUCAACAAGGAGGGAUGGAGCACGUGGAAUGGCGACAACAAGGGCAAGUGCGUCUACUAUGCUGAGAAGGACAGCGAGGGGCCGGGAGCGUACAAGCCGCGGGCAAAAUGGACCGCCAACGCCUUGUAUCAUCUCGCCAAGGCCGCCGCGGCGCUCAAAGCGCGCACCGACGACGAGGACGGGCCGUUCUGGAUCACGGCAGCUCGGGACCAGCUCGUCACGUGCCUCGAAGGCAUCUGGGAGUUCUCCCCCGACACGUACAAGUCGCACGCGGGAAAAUCGCUGACAAAUUACGGCAAUAAUCUCAAAAAAUCGUACGACACCGCCAUCGCCCUCGCACUCCAAUCCGCCUCAUCCGCGGGGAAGGCUCCCCCGCGCCGAAAGGCCCUAGACUCUUCGGAAGACGCCGGUCGGGGGGAGCCGCCUUCGUGGGUGGAGGCGGGGAUGUACGAGCGGAUCAGGGAGCUUCAGGCGCGGAUGCAGGAAGAUCACGCGGAGGCGGGGAUGUGGGCGGAGCGCGGGCGGAAGCUUCAGCUGGCGAAAGUCAAGAAGCUAAAGCCGAACGCGGUGGUGGGGAAGAACGAGAAGUACAAAAAGAUUUCGGACGCGUUAAAAGCAGCUCCGAAAACGGGGCUGUACGUGGUGUACAUCAAGGCGGGAACGUACAAGGAGAACGUUUUGGUGAACCGGCAGGGCGUGGUUCUGGAGAUCAACAAGGAGGGGUGGAGCACGUGGAACGGCGACAACAAGGGAAAGUGCGUCUACUAUGGUGAGAAGGGCAGCAAGGGACCGGGAGCGUACAAGCCGCGGGCCAAAUGGGUGAAGCCGGGGGAGAUCAAGGACGGCAAGCCGUGGGCCCCAGAACCGUUUAUUCAGCUCAGCAAGUGGUAUGAUGAGAAGAAGGGAGUCAUUCGGUACCCGUAG